GCGGCGAGCUCCAUGCGGCGGCUAACAGACAGGCAGGCAGGCAGAUGGGCGGACGACAGCAGGCGGCGGCGGCUGACAGACACACACAGACGGCGGACGGCGACGAGCACCGGGCGGCGGCGACGGCGGACGGACGACAGUGGCCGACCGGCAGGAAGACAGACAGCCAGAUGGCAACAGCGACAACAACGGGCUCUUGCAAAGCGUAGAUUGCACCCUGAGUGUAGCCCAGGCAGCGUAAUCCUUCGACAUGGAAUUGAGGGGAUUGAACCCUCGAGAUGUGAGCAUGAAGCUAUCUGUAAUAUAUAAGUGAAGAGAAAUAACGAUUGUGUUGACUGAAUCAGAAACUGGAUCAGCUGUUUUCCAGGCGCCAUAUUUAACAGGGCUAGCAAAUCCGCUUCAUACCUUAUCAUGUAAACACGACAGCGAAAAAAGGUUUCAGAAAUUCGUCUUUCAGAAGAUGGAUCGCUUGUAAACAAGUGAUUAAAGCAAAUGGUUUGAAAGUUUUCGACUUGGUCGACAUGUGAACUCACGAUGUGUCAAAAGUAUUCGAUAGUCGAUUUAUCAGUUCCAAGUUGUCUGUAAACAUAAACAUAAAAGUGUAGUGAGUACAACACAUAUACAAAUGUAAUAUGUUUGUGACUUUCACGGUUGAAUUUGUUUCCAAGAAAUAUUUAAUUUUAAAUCUGCAUACGCUGCUCUUUAUUCAUUAAUUCAAGAAAUGUGUUGUCUGCUACGCGACUUACGAACACUAAACCAAAUUCUGUAUGUCAACGUUUCUACUAAAGGAAAUAGUGUAUUCAAGAACUGGACGAGAUGCGUUUCUUAUGUGCAAGGGCAGUCACCAGAACCGAAUAUAAGAGAAUAUUUUUACUACGUAGACCACCAAGGAAUGCUGUUCCUGGAUGACUCCAGAAUGAAGAAUUUCACUUCCUGUUUCAAAGACAAAAAGUUCCUGGAAUUCUUUUUUAAACGCCUGAGGAUGAAUACAACAGGGCGCUACACAGAAGACUUUCCUUACUUGUCACUUUGUGGUCGAGAAAGAAAUUACGUUAGAUGUGAUGAUUAUCCUAUUGUAUUCACUCAUGUAAUGAAAGACGCGCAGAUGAAUAAUGUCUUAAGUUAUGGCCAUGCCGGAAAUUUACUAACAGUUAAGUUUGAGCCUGAGAAAGUUAUAAUGCUGCCAGAGACUGGGCGUGUUUACCAUCCCGCACCGGAAAGAGUCGGUGGUAUUGGCUUAAUUAGAUCCAAGUUAGCAAUUGAAUUAAGUAAGUUUUUUAUAUUUGAAAAUGGUGAGCAACAGGAACCAACACAUUUAUCAUGGGAUGGUAAGGUAUAUGAGUUAAUAACGGAUUGGUACAAAGAAGCAAAACAGCAGGAACUUGAGUGUUCAAAUUAAAUUAGAUUCACCCAUAUAUUAUUGCGAGAGAAAUUGCUGCUAUGUCCGAACCAAAUUAGAUUGACCCACACAUAUAUAUUAUUGUGAGAAAAAUUACAGAAAUGUUCAAAUCCACUUCCAAAAAUAAAUAUUACUAGCAACUUGCCUGAUGCUGAAUAUAUCACCAGGCGUGCUUGGAUUGGAAGAUAACUGAUUGUUUAGUGUAAAAUGUUGAGUUUCUUAGUUUCUUCAUAAAAUAAGAUGUAAAUUGGUUUAUACAAUAACUACUUCUUGUUACAUAGUACCUUUGGAGUAGCAAGUCACCAGUUCAAUUGUUAAUUGGCUUUGUUUAGUCCAGUAUUUGUGAUUGUUAUAAACAUUGUUGUAUUUUUACAGAAUAAAGUUACGUUUUUCCAAAAACUCCAUU